AUGGAGUUGUUGAAUUCUGCAGUGAACUACAGCGGAAAGUCUAUCAAUGGAUGUUCGCUAUUACUUACGAGGAGGGUCAAAGUGCCAGGUAAUAUUUCCUUAGCGUGUGUCGAAUGGAAUUUGAACACAAAUUUCCUCGCAAGCGGCGGCUCUGGUGGACUGUUGAAGGUUAUAAAGUUGACGCAAGAGGACUCAGCGAUGGGAUCCGCAAUGAAUAUGCCAGUUAAUCAAGCUCUGGAGGGGCACAGCGGAACAGUCAUGUGUGCUGCAUGGAAUGAGGUACACCAGAAACUCACCACAAGCGAUUCAAAUGGUUUAAUUAUUGUUUGGAGUUUACACAAUGAAACAUGGUAUGAGGAAAUGAUCAAUAACAGAGGCGGGAAAAAGCAUCCGCUAUGCCCGUCGAGACUUCGCCAACCGCAAGAGGAGGACGAUUGCUCUCCGGAACCCAAAGGGAACAAUAAUUGCAUCGAGAAGGGAAAUAAAUGCAUCUACGACUUCUACUCUCAUCUCAUCGACAGUAAUGUCUACUUGCUUUCCCAUCAUCUGAGGGAAGACGGACAUGUCAUUCCAGAGGUUCUCCCUAUGAUAUGCUAUCAUGUCGGUAAGAAAAAGCGCAGCACCCGGUCGCAACAGAAUAAGACCAGAACACCUGAAGAACCUUCCGCCAGUACUCAUCAACACCUUGGCGAGGCUCUUUCACGUUACCUGUCGGAAUGCAAGGUUCCUAAAAAGUGGAAGACCAGCAAGAACGUGUUGUUGUAUAAAAAGGGAGAUCCACAUGACAUCGGCAACUAUCGUCCAAUCUGCUUACUGUCCGUCAUCUACAAGCCCUUUACAAGAGUGAUCCUUAAUAGGAUUGAAAAAGUCUUGGAUGAAAGACAGCCAUGCGAGCAAGCAGGGUUUCGAAAAGGAUUCAGCACGAUUGACCACAUUCACGCUGUUUCGAAACUCAUCGAAGUAUCACGAGAAUACAAGAUGCCGCUCUGUCCCACCUUCAUCGACUUGAAGAAAGCCUUCGACUCAGUUGAGACGGAAGCGGUCAUGAAGCCUUGGACAACCAAGGCCCUACUCAGCACAUAA